AUGCAGAUAGAUCUGCGCAGUCGUCGUCAACUGUUGUAUACAUCUUUUGCAUUGAAAUCGUUCUUCUGCCCUGGUUGGUGGUAUCCACUUAGUGGGUGUCUGAACAACGGGUUUUCGACGGCCGUAUGCUGCAUCUCAAGUAAUGUUAGCCUUGAGGCUAUUCAUAUCAUGAUCCACUGCAUUAAUCUGCCUUCCGUCGUAGUGAAAGUGUGGUUCGAGCGAAAAUCGCCAAGCUUAGGACGACUGAGUAUGCUUAAGACGGCAUGCUAUGGCCGGGGGGUUCCAUCAUCAGCUGCCGAUACCUUGCCGCCCAAGGCGGCGUCCAUCCAGAAAUAA